CGGCGCGUUGCCUUGGCGCCCAUAAGACGCCACAGGACGGCCGCCGUGGAUUUCUUCGGCGGGAUCCCUCGAUCGCCAUGUCUGUGAUGGACGUGUUGUGGGAGGACCGCGACGUGCGUUUCGACGUGUCCUCGCAACAGAUGAAGACAAGACCUGGGGAAGUCCUUAUUGAUUGUUUAGAUUCAAUUGAAGACACAAAAGGAAAUAAUGGAGAUAGAGGUAGACUCUUAGUAACAAACUUAAGAAUCAUCUGGCAUUCCUUGGCAUUACCCAGAAUCAAUCUUUCUAUUGGUUACAACUGCAUAUUUAAUAUUACAACAAGAACUGCUAACUCCAAACUACGAGGCCAAACCGAAGCUCUCUAUAUAUUGACAAAAUGCAACAACACCCGAUUUGAGUUUAUAUUCACAAAUCUGGUUCCCGGGAGCCCCAGGCUUUUUACUUCUGUGAUUGCAGUGCACAGAGCAUAUGAAACAUCCAAAAUGUACCGUGAUUUUAAGUUGAGAAGCGCAGUCAUUCAGAACAAGCAGCUGAGGUUAUUACCACAGGAACAUGUGUAUGAUAAGAUCAAUGGUGUAUGGAAUUUAUCCAGCGACCAGGGGAAUUUAGGAACUUUUUUUAUUACCAAUGUGAGAAUUGUGUGGCAUGCCAAUAUGAAUGACAGUUUUAAUGUCAGCAUACCAUAUCUGCAAAUUCGUUCAAUAAAGAUCAGAGAUUCAAAAUUUGGUUUGGCUCUUGUCAUAGAAAGCUCUCAGCAGAGUGGAGGAUACGUUCUUGGCUUUAAAAUAGACCCAGUGGAAAAACUACAAGAAUCAGUUAAGGAGAUCAACUCCCUUCACAAAGUCUAUUCUGCCAGUCCAAUAUUUGGAGUGAAUUAUGAAAUGGAAGAAAAGCCACAGCCACUUGAAGCUCUGACUGUUGAACAAAUUCAAGAUGAUGUGGAAAUAGACUCUGACAACCACACGGAUGCUUUUGUGGCUUAUUUUGCUGAUGGAAAUAAGCAACAAGAUCGUGAACCUGUGUUUUCAGAAGAACUGGGGCUUGCAAUAGAGAAACUGAAGGACGGAUUCACACUACAGGGACUCUGGGAAGUAAUGACUUGAUCUUGAGUUGAGCUGGAUCUCUAUUUAAAGAUAGCUCAAGAUUAAAAGAUACUGUUUGCCGGCUAUAGGCAUGGGAUAAUAUAUAUAUAUAUAUAUAUAUAUAUAUAUAUAUAUAUUUUAUAUUUUAAGAAGUUUUUAAUUAUUAAGGAAAAGCUCCUUAGUUUUAGAAAACU